AGUAUUACAUAUCGAUCGUCUUUGGGGGGCUUGUCUCCAUUUCAUUGAUGGAGCUGAACCAUGAGAGACAGCUUUAUUCGUGGCCUGAGCUGUCCAGGAAUAGAUGUUUGGAUUUGAUGUUCACUAUCAUCAAUUAAUGUUUGAUUGGGUCUGAGGGAGGAUAAUCAAAUCAAAUACAUUUAAGUUCUAUUUGAAGGUCCGAUAAUUGAAUCUGAGAGGUAGAGUGAUUAAGACCAAGAUGACUUCAAUAAAGAUGCCAUCCAAAGAGGAACCCAUCCCAUCACUACCAACAUCAGGAAGCACCAGACAACGCCCUCCAUCAUAUGAAUUCAAUCCAUCUCUCACUGCUUUAAGAGAUCCAGAAUGUGAGGAUACAUCAUCUACUGGUAUCUCUAUACGGAUGACUGGUAUGUUCCAUAUCAUCUUUGGUAUAGCAACUGUCUUAGCUGGUAUCAUCGCUAUCAGUAUUGAAUGUCGUCUGUCAUACUAUGCUGUACCAGUAUGGGCUGGUGUAUUGUGUUACAUAACUACUGGGAUUAUUGGAAUCAGAGCAUACUACAAGAAAAUGACAAAGGGAAUGACGACAUCUUACAUGGUGAUGUGUACAUGUUCAUCUAUCCUAUCUGGAGUGGUAUUCGUCAUGUAUAUCAACGUCGCUCUUGAAGAAAGCUACGCUUAUACCUGCUUCUCAGAUCAUUUCUGUCGAACUCAGCGUGUACGAACGAUCGUGGAUAUCGUAAUCGUAUUGCUAUCAUUCUGUGAGUUAGCUGUAGCGAUCACCGGUGCAUCAUUGACUUGUUGUAGAAUCUGCGACUGCUGUAAACCAAAGAAUGCUGUUAAUAUGGUGUACUAUAAUAAUCAGUCUGGUCGAGUGAUACCACACUUCGCAGGGGCCCCCUCUGGUCAGACGAUGAUGGUACAAGCAGGUACCUACCAACCCCCUGAGAUGACCCCUUCUCAGAUGGUAGCUGCACCCCACCCUACCGAUGCGGCUGAGAUGACAGGUGUAGUGGUUACGACUCAAUCUAGCCCUAUCCAUACUACCACUGGGUCAUUUAUCUCAGGCAUCACAGACCCCACCCCUCCCAUUGCAUCAGGAGGGGAAGGAGAGAUUCAAUUGUAAAAAAAUAUAUAUUUCCUCUUUGGAUAUCUUGUGCAAUUUGGUAAAUGGUGAAUUAGCGUUAUAACAUUAUUGUCAUGCGACAAUUGUUAUUGUCUGAACUGGUAAUUUACCUAUUUUAAAUCUAUAUUGGUCGGGUAUUUGUAAGGCAUGUCUUCUAUGCAUGUCGUUAAUAUCAGACUAAAUCUGAUAUCUGAUCCAUAUAGUAUUACAAAUAUAGGAAAUAUUGGUUAAUGCCAAAGGCUUAAAAUAUUAUGGAAUAGAAAAAAAGUCUGAUCACAGGAACGAUAUCUUGACAUUUCUUCAUCAUGUUCAUAACACCAGGCGUAUAAUGCAAACAGAAUGAGCAUCAGCGCAAGCAGACCCCCCCCCCCCUCCCAUGUAGAAAGUUUUACCCCUUUUCAGUCAGCAAUGAAGAGGGGCACCCCUAUAAUAUGAUGCUCAAGCGCUCCUGGUGAGUAGCGUUGUCAGAAUGUGUCAUAUCCCAAGAUAAUACAUCCUUUAAGGUCCCUUUGUUUACACCCUUCAUCAAGCGAAGAGAAACUUUAGAAAGACGAAUGUCAUGAAUGUGGUGGACCAUAUCUUACGUCAUCUUACUCAUGUUGAUUCAAAGUUAUAUAAUUCAACUAUUAUUGUCUGUAAGCGGAUAUACCGACACGUAUAUUAUACCAUUGUUCUCUAUGAGUGAGGUCUCGUAUCCCUCUCAAUGUUUAAUGGUCUUCUUCCAGACAUAAAUAAUGUAUUCUGCUCCAUCAAUAAGUGUUGCAGAGAAUGUCACACCAAAACAUGUUUGGGAUAUCAUGCAUGCCUGAUUGAGGGAUGUUUAAUCCCCAAAUAACGAUCAAUAGUUAUUUGUCUAGCAUAAACAAAGUGGUAUGUUCGCUGUUCGGGUGUCAGAAUGGUGACAUUUGAAUUUGGAAUAUCUUCAUCUAUCUAUCUAUCUAUGUUGAGAUUAAUAAGUUCUUGUUCAAUUUCAAAUAGAAGCAGUCCGAAACAAUCUUUUAUAAUUCAUUGAGAUCGUCACCUAGUGUAAUUUCUUAUCAUAUCGAAAUUCAUGAAUAAUCACGAUUUAUAUCAAUUUAAUUUAGUUGUUUGAGUUCUUUUGCUAAGACAAACAUUUUCAUCAAAACCGAUAAAUGAAUAUAAGGAUAUCGUCAGUUGUACUAUGAUUAUAAAAACAAAUCUGAGAGUAAAGAUGUCGCUGUGCAAAUAUUGUUAAUUGACAGGUAAGUUACAAACAAAAUUCUGACAGACCUUUUGUCCAAAACUUUUAUUUUGCUUUCGUUUUCUGAGGCAAUUUGAGUAAGAAUAAUCGGUACUGAAUUACUUUCAUCAUCAAUAAACAAUGCAUCUGUACAAUUCUGGGUAUCCUGACCAAAAGAAAAGACAAACAAUAAUGCUGUUGGGUGAAAGAUUGAAAAAUUCAUGAAAAAACAUUGUUUUCCGGUGAACUUUUUCAUGUAAUGUAUAUAAUGAAUUAUAUUCAGUUGAAAUAUCACGCAAUUGAAUCUCUCUCUCUCUUAGUUUAAUGAUUUCUAAUAUGUAUAUUUUGUAUGUUCUACAUUGUAAAGCGCUAUGAUAUGAUUUCAUGAAAAGCGCUAUAUGAAUUUAAGUUAUUAUUAUAGGUCCUUCAAAGUGGCUGUCAUUAUAUCAUUUUUUUAUGUCUUUUUUAACUGUCUACAUCAAACAUGAAAAUAAUUUUUGAAAGUAGUAAGAUUUAAGAUCUCCCGAGAUAAUCUAUUUUUUAGAUUGGAUGAUUAUGCCCAUCUAAUUAAUAAUCCUCAAACUUUCUGAGAUCGUUUGUUUGAAAUCUAUUUUACUAAUUUAGUAAUUACCAAGGAGUGUAUUGUACAUGCCUAUCAUAGCUGAAUAUAAUAUUAAACCUAGUAUCGGGCAUUUGAAGUCACUCAUGUAAAUACAAUGGAUGGUUAUGGUUGAAUCUGCUAUUAAAUGUAACCUUUCUAUACAAAAAAAAAUCGUUGUUAUUUUUACUGAGAAGGUAUUGUUUCUAGGAGUUACAUUUACAUAAAAUAUAAAUAGACAAUAUGAUUCCAAACUCGGCACAUUCUUAAAUAUGAUUUAACUUAAGUAACGUAUAAUUUAACUUUCUUGUUUAAUUGUGAGAUGUUACGAAUGUUGUUUUUGUUCCUGUUUUUCAGUUCAGUUUUCGCAUUUACUCUUAUUUAAAAUGCCAAAUUAGUAUUUAAAUUUUCAAUCAAAAGUGGUCCUUAGCUUCCCAAAUUCAAAUUCAUGAAUUAAUUUCUGUCAAACCUGUAGUUAAACCAUCAUGAAAACCCAGGGUAAAAGUUUAAUCAGCAUUUACUGUUGAGAGAGGGCGAAAUUCUAAUCUAAAUUUGUCAACAAAAAAAAUCAUUCCACAUAGUUAUAAUAUCAAGUUCAGGCCUUAUCAUCUUAAUAAAUAACACAAUGAUGGAUAGCAACAUUUUGCAAAGAAUAUUUGUAAUUGAAAUGAAAAUGGACUAAAAUUAUUUACUUGUACUUGUCACUCUGUAUGAAAUGGCUAUGAAUUUGUAUGAGUUUGGUCUUAAGCCAGGGCAGAUCCAGGUUUUUCCAAAAGGAUGAGGAGCAUUUUUUGUUGCCAUCCCCCCCAAAAAAAAAUAAGCACAAAAAAGAUAUCUUUCCAGGAGUAUCCACAUUUUCUACUAUAACAUUUUGCAUGACGAUCAAGAGGGGGGGGG